ACAAGAUUUAUGAAAAUUUGAAAGUGUUUGCUAUUCAUGGCUUCAUUCACUAAAUAUUCAAGUCAAGAGCUGAGAAUUGUAGUAGUAAUUGCUAGUGGACUCUUGAUCAGUGCCUUUUUAUGUCAUGUUCCAAUUACAGGUGGUGUUGAGGUUUCAAAUUGGGGAGUGAAGGUAGGAUCAAGGCCACCAAGGUGUAGUGUUGACAAAUGCUUCAACUGCAGCCCUUGUAUGGCUACACUAAUUGCACCCAUUCACCAAGGAAAACACAAAGUUUCUUCUUAUUCUCAACAUGAUACUUAUUAUCUUCUUGCAUGGAAAUGCAAAUGUGGUAAUAAGAUUUAUCACCCAUGAUUACUCUAUUAGUAUAUAUUUUGUAAUUUUAUACCUGAAAAAUAUCUUCUAUGCCUUCUUUCUCAAAACAAAAACAAAAACAAAAUGGCAGAUGCUUGUCUAUAUCUCUAUAUAUUAUUGUAUAGUUUGUUAUGUAUUUAUGAAACAUGAGAUUUUCUCUUAUGAUCAAUUUAAUUUUUUUAAGUCCAUAUCCACUUUAUUCAUUUAA